AUGGACAGUAUCACGCCAUCUGGAGCCUUUGGAUUUUACGCAGGUCUCUGUCUCCUCGGAUGGACAUUCGUUUUGAUAUGUUUGCCCGAGACGGCCGGGCUGAGUUUGGAGGAGGUUAUUGGGGUGUUCCGGGGUGGGUUUGGGAUUAGGGAGAGUGAGAGACUGAGGAAGGAGAAGAUGGUGUUGAAGAAGGGGCGUGGGCGUGGACGUAGAGUUGAUCAUAAUGAGAGUGUGAGGGGAAGUCAGGAGGAGAAAGUCGGAGUUUGA